CAUAAAUUUUCUAUACAAACCGUCACUUCAUUGAUAAAAAUUAUAGGUACAAAUUAUGAAGUAGAAUAAAAAGAUUUUUUUCUUUAUGAUGUACGAUCCUUUUAUGAUAGAAGAAAAACCCAAGCUUCAUGAAUGGAAUACUUUACCUCCGCGAACCAAAACUGUAGAAUGUGAUUUCAAAAUAGAUAAAUACAUAAGGAAGGCUCAAGUCAAAAAAGGUCCUUCCCCAAUUACAUGGACUGUCAGUGAUAUAGCUAAGGCCGGCUGCUUAUUAAGUUGCCCUCCUCUAAAGACGAAUUUUGAAGAUGAGCAGGAAAUGAGAAGAGUCUAUACUUUGAUUUACGAUGUUUUUAGAUAUAAAAACGUUUUAACUCAAGCACUGAAUGACGUGACUUUUUUUCAAACUUUCCCUAAGCUAUCAGAAAAUGUACAGGUAGUGUGGUUACUUCUUUACGAUCUUUAUCAUCGUUCAUUUAACAAACGGGAAACCCAACUAGCCGCACUAGCUCAUCAACUAUUCGAUGCGUACGGCUUAAGUUUUGCCGAAAACGCUUUAUGGACGCAAAGAAUUAAAUUAGCAGCUGCUAUAGCCAGAUUAAGGAUAAAAAAUUCGGCACUCACUCUAGGUGAAUUACUACCACCUCAUCUUAAAGACGAAAAAGUUACCGAACAAGCUCAAAAUAAUCCAGUUACAUGCUGGAUAAAUUUAUAUAAAACAAGGGACACCAAAGCAUUGUGUGAGGAAAUCGAAAAGUACUUUAAUAUAAAAAUGAUUUCGGAUAUCAGCAGAUUGAAUCAAAACAAUUUCAAAUGGGAUCGCCACUGUCCUCACAUCAUAGUUUUUCAUUCAUCAAUAAGAACUUUGUUAGCUAAAAGUAAUUUUGUCAAAAAUCAUAUUCUCAUUGUACAAGACAAAUCAUUUUGUUUGGGUCCAGCUACAUUUAAAAAGUUAGUUACCGAUCUAGAAUUAACAGGUUGUGUGAUACAAACACAUAUAAAUUCUCCUCGAACAACAGCGUACUUAGCGUCUUUGUUAGCACAAAAUGAAAAAAUUAAGAAGUUGUUAGCUUUCAGUGCAGGUAGAAGAAAAGAAGAGUAUGAAAAUUAUUUCAAUCAAUUGGGUAUGUCAAAUAUCAAAUUAUUUUCUGACAGACUCAUUGAUACUCCACCCGAUGCAACAUAUAUGGAAGAGGUAGUUGCUGUUUUCGCUACUCCUCCGAAUAGUUACACAGCUGUUGUUGAUCCUAUAGAUUUGGUGUGUAGUCGAGGAGGAGACCUCUCCAUGUUAGAAAUCCUCACUGAAACUGGUGAUACGAAGGAAGCCAAAGAAAGAAUCGCUAAAGUAUUAGACGAACAACAAAAAACAUUAAGAUUCGCGAUGUCCAGACCUCAAAUACAAUUUGUACUUUAUGAAACGCAUUCUGAGCUGGAUGCAGAAAAUAAAUGUAUGGUUGAUAAGGCGUUAAAUGAAAUAAAUGAAAUAGCUAAAUUACAACACGCAGCGUUACUAGGACAAGCAAAAACUAUUCUAUCGUCAGAAGACAAAGAAAAUAAAGAAAUUAAUAAUAACGAGAAUACAAAUGAGGAAGCUGAAGAUCUGAUAGAAGAAAAAGUACAAGAACCAAAUGUUCUAGAUAAUAUGCCAGAAGAUGAAGGAGAUGAAUUUUUUUUAGACAAAAUAAAUGUCCCCGAUACAGAUAUAUUCGACAAUUGUCAAUUACCGAUACUUUGUCCGAGUGAAUCUUGCAAAGGCUUUCAGAAAGAAGUUUGCGGUUGUUUUCUCGCUCUUUUGCAAAGAAAGGAGAUAAUUCGUUUAGACGAUAAAUAUAUGAUUAAAAUGGCAGAAAAUAGAGGACUUUUUGGUUCUAAUAAUAAUUCUAUUAAAACCAAAUCCAUGAGAAGUGUGCGCCGAAAAGCGGAGAAACCGGAAAAGCAUGAGGUUGUAAGAAAAAAACUGAAAGAAUGUGAGUUAGACCGGAUAGCAACACCGACGUUCACAUUUUUGCAUCAUGUUAAAAACAGCAACGAUAUUAAUCCAUGUCCUAAAUACGUCCCUUCACCUCCAACCAGUAUUUAUAAAAGUUGGUGGAAAGAGACUUCUAGACACAUCAAUUGUCUUAGAAAAAGUUUAAUCAAGCAGAAAAUGGUUCCAGCACAGAAUUCGAACAAAGGCGCUUCGUCUGUAUCGUCUGAGAGUCAACAUAUUGUUGAAAAGUUUUCAAAUCAUUUUAUCAGGGUUGACGAGAUUGUGAAAAAAGUAAACACAAAUCAAAAAAUACCCGUUUUUCCUAAAUUGAAGCUGAAACGUAGCAAGAUUUUCGAGAGGCAUCGAGUACCUAUAACAGUGACAUAUCUCAAUUUUCCAUACAGGUGUAUUUAUCAAAACGAAUCAAAUAUAAAUAAGAUUUCAAUGCAUGGAGGACUGCUAGAGAAAUAUUUGAAUUAGUUAUUAAAUAUAAAAAACAUAUUUGCAUUUAAAAAACACAAAUUUAAAUACUUCGAACGUUUUAACUUCCAAAAUACAAUAAGGAAUGAAGUUAAGAUUUUUUCCAAACUACUAAUGGUUUUAUAACAUAAAAAUUAAAAUCACUCAAUCAACAUACAUAUCUUGAAGGUUUAGAAUUUUAUUUCAGGCAUAAAGAUUUCGAUCAAUGAAUAUUACAGUUUUCCAAAAAAAAUUAAUUUGUUACGGUAAUUUAUGUAGACUAGUUGAAGAUUACGCAUCUUAAUAACGAGUAUAUUGACCAAUCAACCUUUAGUAGUAAAUUUAUAUUAAUCCUUUCGGCAGUAAUGGUGGCACCAUUCACUUAUCGAGCUCUAGACAUAAUGAGCAGUUGCUCUAUUCACUUCCUGAUAUCUUUAAUGUAGAGUAUCUAGAUGACAAAUACAUAAAUGAUUCCUAUACUGAAGCAGUUCGCUUAUUGUGUGCUAUAAAAAUGGAUCUAGAGAUUCUAAAAGAUGUGUUUGGUAAGUACCUCUAAUUCUACAUUAUAAAGAAGCUCAAGUAUAUGAGCCUCAUAACUGAAAUUAUUUGUCUAAGACUAGUCUACAUGAUUUUUCGUGAGUCGAGCACAUGGUGGUUCGAGCGCACAGAUUAUCAAAAAACACGGUAUCCUCAAUCCCUGUACUUAACUUUAAAUGUUUAUUACCGUAAAUAAAAAAAAUUAUAAGAGUUAACAACAGAGUAACAAAGAGUUAAUACUUAUUAAUGCCAUUAUAGUCAUAGUCUCCUAACUUAACCUAACCUAACCUCGUUUUGUCUUAAUGAUUAUUAAAAAGUUCGUAUGUUUGCCCAUCUCUAGGAUUCACUUCGACAGAUCAAAUUUUCUUGUGCGCUCGUCGAAUGAUCUUUCGGAUUCGACAGAGAUAGUUUUUACUGGAUGCACGAAAUGUUUUCAAAAUGUGCCUGUGCGCUCGAUGCACGUGCGCUCCUAACACCCCACCAGAAAGAAUAGAUAAAAUGUUAUGUUACAUCUGGUUUUGAAAAUCUUCAUAUGAACAAUAGCAAAAUAAUUAAAAAUGACAAAUCUCGGUUUUCUUUUUUCAGUUUUUUGAGUCAGUUUUUCUUAUUACAGAUCAAAAGUAACCCUCUAAUAUAUUCUCAUACCAAAAUUUUUGAUAUUCUUCAAACAUCUGUGAAUGAAAACAUUCUUUCGAUUUAUAAGGUAUUUCGUGAAUUGUCAUUAAGGAAACAAUUUAAAUGUGAGUGCAGGAAAUGAAUCUCAAUGAAAUAUCUUCUUCUAAGUUUUUAAUAAGUCAAGCACAUCAUAUUUUUUAUGAUUUUUAUGAUCUAUUGCUUCAAAAAGUCCCGGUCACUAGUCAUAAAAUAACAUCAAUUCACAUGUACGAGUAAUCACUCUUUGGAUUCCAUUUGAAAAUUUCUGAACAGAGCUUCAUCGUUUGCAAUAAUUAACUUCCAAUUCCAAUUACCAGUAAGUAAUUCUCUUUUCCAAUGCAUAUACGAGGAUUGUAUGAAAAGUUUCCGAACUCAUGUCAUGUCAGCACCUAUCAAUAUAAGUUGGGAAUAUAUUUGGGCUUGUUGUGUUGAAUAUUAAUAAUGCCGAACAAGUUAAUUCAAUGUAACAGGUCGCACAUUGAUCAAACUUUAUUUUAUAAGGUAUUGAACAAAACAAUUAUUACACUUGGUCUAUUUUUAGAGUAUAAAUAAAAGUUUUUGUUAAUAUUGAUUUUACGAUAAAAAUAAAACUAAAUUAUUUUUGAAUAAA